CCCGCGGCGGGGACAGCAGCUCCGGGAACACCAGCUCCGGGAACCGCCGCAGCCACACCCCCAUUGGUUCGAGGAGACCGGAAGUUCACGCGUCCGGAAGUGCUCCUCCCGCCUGCGUCCUCCAGGCCCGAAUCCGCAGCCAACUUCACCCCCAGGUGGUUUGAACCUUGAGCCUGCUGUAGUCCUGAUGAACAAUUUCGUUUUCCUCAAGUUCAUGACAGUCGGAACUUCAGGAAUUGAAGGUUUAUCCAAUUUGAGACUGGUCAUCAGUGUGCAGAGUUCAGAGUACUAAGAAGCAGAGAUUAAAAUGGCUUCCAGAGGAAAGACAGAGACAAGCAAAUUAAAGCAGAAUUUAGAAGAACAAUUGGAUAGACUAAUGCAGCAAUUACAAGAUCUGGAGGAAUGCAGAGAGGAACUUGAUACAGAGGAAUAUGAAGAAACCAAAAAGGAAACUCUGGAGCAGCUAAGUGAAUUUCAUGACUCAUUGAAGAAAAUUAUGUCUGGAAAUAUGACUUUGGUAGAUGAACUAAGUGGCAUGCAACUGGCUAUUCAGGCAGCUAUCAGCCAGGCCUUUAAAACUCCAGAGGUCAUCAGAUUGUUUGCAAAGAAACAACCUGGUCAACUUCGGACAAGAUUAGCAGAGAUGGAUAGAGAUCUGAUGGUAGGAAAGCUGGAAAGAGACCUAUACACACAGCAGAAAGUGGAGAUACUAACAGCUCUCAGGAAACUUGGAGAGAAGCUGACUGCAGAUGAUGAGGCCUUCUUGUCAACAAAUGCAGGUGCUAUCCUUAGCCAGUUUGAGAAAGUCUCUACAGACCUUGGCUCUGGAGACAAAGUCCUUGCUUUGGCAAGUUUUGAGGUUGAAAAAACAAAAAAAUGACAUGGUGUGGAAUCUUGUGAUGUUGAUCACAUUGUUGUAUAAAUGGCAUUUUUCUUCUGGGGAUUUUGAGUCAUUGCAAAGAAAUCAGGAGAUUCUCAGAAUGCAUUAAUAACCUAACAAGAGAUGACCUAGAAACAUACUAGUGGCUUCUUUUUAUUCUGUUCAUCGUUGUACUUUGUGAAGGGUGACCUGUUUGAGUAAUCCUGGCCUUGUUGGGUGGCAGGGAGUCACAGGACCUUAUUCAUCAUGAUUUGUCUGUUUUGUCUAUUUAAGAGAAAAAGAAGAAAAUGGAGUUUCUCUGCCUGUUCUUAUUAAGGCUCUGUGUAUGUAAGUGCCGAUAGUGAAUGAAGACAUGUGAACUAAUGAUUCUUUUCUGCUCAUUAUUUGUCUCUACUCGUAAUGAAUAGUGUAUGCAAUGUCAAUAGAUGUCUUAUGUGUUCAAAGAAUUUUAGAGUUCUAAAUGACCUUAGAAAUAAUUUUCAUUUUACAAACAAGGAAUCUGAGGCUCAGAAAGAACAAGUGACUUGCCUCAAGUCACAUUAGAGACAGCUUGGGAGGUAAGACUAAGGUGCCUUGACUUCCAAUUUAGUGACUUUCUUAGUUUGCCAGGUCUGCUAUGACAAAUACCAGAGAACUGAUUGACUUAAAUAGCAGGAAUUUAUUGGCUCACAGUUUUGGAGAUCAGAAGUCCAAAAUCAAGUUACCGGCAGGCCACACCUUCUCUGAAGUGCGUAGCUUUCUUGUGGUGGCUUGCUGACAACCCGUCCAGCCUCUGUUACAUGGCAAUCUGUCUCUGACAGUCUCCUUCUGUGGCUUCUACUCCUUCUCCUCAGUUGUCUCUGUCUAUGUCUAGAUUUCCCCACCUUAUAAGGUUUACAGUCAUGUGGAUUAAGGCCCUCCCUGAUUCAAUUUGACAUCAUCUAAUUCAAAGAUCCUAUUCACAAAUGGGUCCACACCCACAGGACAGGGGUUACAACUUGAAGAUCCCAUUUACAAAUGAGUUCAUACCCACAGAACUUGCACAUGCCUUUGUGGGGGACAUAAUUCAAUCUUCCACUGUGCCCAUUGAGUUUUAUUUCUUUAUUCUGGACUGUUUAAAAAAAAUAACAUUUAUUUGUGUAAGUCAGUGUUUAUGACAAGUCAGUGUCCCAACAAAAAGUUAACUCCACACUUAGGCCAUUCCCUAGCCUGUAUGCUCUCUGUGGGAAUGAGGCCCAUUGUGUCUCUGAAUUUGGAGCUUGAAUAAUGGGGGCCCUGUUGAGAGUCUCCUGAAGUAAGAUAACACCCUGCAUUGUCUCGCCAGGGAAGCAAUAGGAAAUGGCAGCUAGACACCCUUUCUGUGUGGGACCUCCUGCUGAAGCCCAUAGGAUGGUGACUGUAAGCUACUGUUUACUCUUCUGUUUUUGGAGAAACAUUAAAUAAGUUGUGAGUCAAAGCAACUCUCUCCUGAGUGCUUAUGUCUGUUUCCAUGCUCAGAUGUAGACAUGUACAUGUGCGUGUGCAUGUGGCGUACUACCUGGGCUCUGACCAUUUGAUAUUCUUUCAUGUGUUUCUCAAUAUUCUUUUUAUUUGCACUUUUUGAAAAUUAAAAACAUUUUUAAAGCUUCCUGUAUACUGUGAACUAUACUCGGUGCUCUGCCAACCGGACAAAUUGGCACACAAUAAUGCCUCAACCACAAUAAUGCCUUAUUUGGAACUUUUUUUCCUUUUUUAAUGCAAUUUUAUUGAGAUAUAUUCACACACCAUAAAUCUAUCCAAAGCAUACGAUCAGUGGCGCACAGUAUCAUCACAUAGUUGUGCAUGCAUCACAACAAUCAAUUUUAGAACAGUUUCAUUACUCCAAAAAAAAAAAAGAGAGAAAAAAAAACCUAAAACAUCCCAUAC